UCCGCUUUCGGCCGGCUUCCGCCAGCGACACCUCUCCCUUCGCGUAGGAAUUGUUCUGUCACGUCCAUCGUCUGUUCAUCCCCACCCUUAGACGCUUCCGACCCCCUUCUCUCCUCUCGAGUCGCGUCAGAAUUCUCUCCAGGCCAUCCUCAAAGAAGACAGCACCCCACCCCGCUCCCAACACUUCGAUCGAAACUGCGAGCGCGAAUGGCCGUUACCCGAUGACUUGACUACAUUCUGACCUGUCAUGCCAUGCGCCCCCCCACCCUGCCUUGAUCCGACACCUCCAAUGCCACAGCCUCCAUGAGCUGGAACCUCCUCGAGCGCUUCAUCGAGUCUGAGCACUUCAACAGGGACCCCUCUCUGACUGUUGCCUACUUGGCUCGCUAUGCCGAACAUGUCGGGAUUCACUACGUGCUCAGCUCCAAGCUGCGCCAGUUCAGCUAUGAAGAGAUUGAAUUUUUCCUGCCGCAGUUGUGCCACCUGCUCAUCUCCAUCGACAAUGAAUCCAUGGCUCUCGAGGAGUUCAUCGUGGACUUGUGUGAAGAGUCGGUGAAUGGUGCUUUGCUGACGUUCUGGCUGCUCCAAACCUACCUCCACGACCUCUCCGCCCAGCCGGCCUCGGACGCCUUUCGAACGUGCCGGCGACUCUACAACAAGGUGCAGCACAUAGUGUUUGGGGGGACCGAGUCGGUGAGAAGAGAGCGGAUACAGGACAAUACAUUGCCCGUCACCGUGCUUUCAAGCCUGGUGCUGGCCAGCGUGGGAGUGCCGCUCAUUGCCCAACAUGUCGCCCCUCUUGCCGUGGCACAGGCCCGAAAAGUGCGGCCCGUUGAGGAUGGGAUGGCGGACCUUCUUCCUCAAACUCCAACUCUAGCAAGGAGUAAUACUGUAGGCGCGCGGCCAAGCGCUCCCCGACCAAGGCGUCAGGUCGGUGCAGGCAGUUCCGGGGAUGGCGCGACGAGACGAAGUCGAAGACCUACGCCUAUCAACGUCAAUGGAACGGAUGGAAAUGGCAGUCAGCCGUCCACGCCCAAAGGUAACCCCAGGUCAGACGGAGCACAUCGGCCGGACCAUCGACGCUCGCUUGCUCUUGCCCAUAACAACAGCGGGACCAGCCUCACCAUAUGUCUACCCAGCCCCCGACUCUCUCGACUGUCCACUAGCACUCCCUCAUCUCCCGGUGUACCUAGACGGACGAGUGAAAUGUGGCAGCGGCAAGCGCAGGGCCCUCGCCAAGGGCCGGCUGCCAUGUCGACGGGACAAAAGACUCGCCUCCUGCGACAGAACUACUUCAGAAGUGAAAUGCAGUUCCUGACCGCACUGGAAGGCAUCUCUUCGCGUCUGGUGGUCGUACCCAAGCCGGCACGGUUGAGCGCCCUCCGCGCGGAACUGGCGCUCGUCUCCCAAGAUCUGCCCGCGGAGGUGGACAUUCCUGUCAUCUGUCCGCCGGACCUGUUAGACGGCUUCGCUAGUCGCAGCAGACACCACCGCAUCGUGCGAUUGAACCCAGCCGAAGCGACCAGCCUGAACAGUGCAGAGAAAGUACCGUACUUGCUGAUGCUGGAAGUGCUGAAGGAAGACUUCGACUUUGAUCCCGAAAGCGAGAGCAACAAUCAGCUUCUUGCAAAUCUGGUCUCGGAAACCAGCAGACAGAAACGAAGGCUUUUUGACACGUCCAAUGCGACGAGAGAGGCCAUCUUGCAGUCGCCAGAAGACGUGCAGGCAGGAGACAGUGUGUUCGAGCCAGCCAACGGCGAUCUGUCCAGCGCGGAUCUCCUGCAAACCCUGGAGGGCUAUAGCGGCGGCAGCACACCAGGCGACUCGGCCAUGCGGUCCCAUCUUUCCACGUGGAAAGAGAGUCCAAGAAUGAGCGCAAUGUCGUCAGCCUUUCUUGCCUUUCCUAACCAAAUCGACCCCAUCACCGGACGUUCCAGCAGCCCUGGCCCGCGUCCAUCGCCGCAAAAUCGCCCGCAGAACCUCAAUCAAGCAGAAGUGUCGGCCUUGGCAGAUCACAUGCGCACGGCCUCGCAGAUGCUGGCCCAGCUCGAGUUGAGUGCUGCGAAACGGCCCAAGACCGAGGUGGCAGCUAUCAAGGCGAAAAUCAUCGCCAGCAUGCAGUCACUAGAAGAGCAGAGCUUUCUUGUAGACGACACUGUGCAGUCCACCAACUUUGACGCAAUGGUGGCCAAGGCGAGUGAAGAAGCUGCUCACACCGAUCCCUCGCAAUUCCCUGACGAAGCACUGGGCCCGACCGCCGAUCCAAAACUCAACACGCGCCGCGGUGCAGAUCGGAUGGAGAACGACGCCAAGACCGGCGGCAUCCAACGCAAAGGCGAUCGCGACGACCCCUCCGCGGCCAUGUUCGGCGAAGCAUGGGAGGAUAAGAAGGAGCGCAUCCGACGAUCGUCCCCCUACGGCUGGGCCAAGAAUUGGGAUCUCGUGUCCGUGAUCGUCAAAACAGGCGCGGACCUGCGACAAGAAGCCUUCGCCUGCCAGCUGAUUGCCGUCUGCUCGAAGAUCUGGACGGAGCACAAAGUGCCAGUGUGGGUGAAGAACAUGCGCAUCCUCGUGACGGGCGAGUCAUCCGGGCUGAUCGAAACCAUCACCAACGCCGUCUCGCUGCACUCGAUCAAACGCUCUCUGACCAUCGCCUCCAUGACCACCAGCACCAACGCCAAAAAACGCUUCGCCACCCUCGCCGACCACUUCAGCAAAACCUUCGGCGCGCCCGACUCGCCCCCCCACCAGAAAGCAAUGGACUGCUUCGUGCGCAGCCUCGCGGCCUACAGCAUCGUCUCCUACGUCCUGCAGCUCAAGGACCGGCACAACGGCAACAUCCUCAUCGACUCCGACGGCCACAUGAUCCACAUCGACUUUGGGUUCAUGCUGUCCAACUCGCCCGGCAACAUGGGCUUCGAAGCGGCGCCUUUCAAGCUGACGUUCGAGUACAUCGAGCUGCUCGGCGGGCUGGAGAGCGAGGCGUUUGCGCAGUACAAGGAGCUGAUGAAGGAUGCGUUCCAGGCGCUGCGGCGCGAGGCGGAGCGCAUUGUGACGCUCGUGGAGCUUAUGGGCCGGGAGAGCAAGAUGGCGUGCUAUGGCGGCGGCUUGCCCAGCGUCGUGUCCGCGCUGCGCUCGCGCUUUGUGCUGGAGAAGAGUAAAGAAGAGGCGCGCGAGUGGGUGGAGGAUUUGGUGGCCAAGAGCGCGUACUCCUACUACACGCGCCUUUACGAUACGUUUCAAUAUCGCACGCAGGGGAUUUACUAAGGGGGAUUUUUUGCUAGAGCAUAUUGGAUUGGCGAUGAGCGUUGGAAUAGACUAGACUUGUUUGUGGAGGAUGUCAAUGCACCACGCUACGGGCG